GUUUUUUUAGUUGCCUUUUCGGGUUAGCCGAUUACGGACGGAUGGUAAAUGUUUUGUUUUGGUUUUUGUUAUUGUACAAAGUAACAUUAGGAUAAAAUAACGAUUUUCAUAAUUAUUUCAAAGUUAUUUUAAGAAGCUCUAUACUCCGAAGCGUCGUUAACAUUUAGUUACUACAAAGUAAUUGUUGGCUUAAUUUAAUUUAGUUAACUUUGCGUAAUUGGACUUCGAUUCCAGCAAGUGAAACCGAAAUUAUUGUUUAUUUAUUUCGAGAGUGACAUGAUCUGCUGGUAAUUAUUACUGCCUCGUUUGGGACUAUAUGGAAAAAAUAACCGUAUCGACACGUAGGUGACAAAGGCUCGCGAUGACUGCGGAAAAGACCAAAGGGACAAAGCUGCCGCCGGCCACCAAGAAGGUGGCACCAGACGGCGGCUGGGCCUGGAUGGUCUGUCUGGGCGUCAGUCUAGUUAAUUUUUCAACGAGAUCCUUAGAGCCGUCCUUCGGUCUGCUAUUCAAAGACCUGUUGGACGACCUUGGGGUCCACACAACGGGCGCCUCAGUCAUCGCCAGUACCCUGGACUCUGUGGUCAAUUUCUCUGGCUUCUUCGUGGGGCCUGUCAUAAAGACUUUCUCCUACCGGAAGGUCUGCUUCGUGGGCUCGACGAUAUGCGCCCUAGGGCUACUUUUCACUGCCCCGGCGAACAGUAUGGGGCAUAUUUUAGCUACGUACAGUAUUUUAGGAGGUUUCGGCGUAGGCUUAGCGUCGUCGUCAUCCUUCGUGUCGCUCAACCACUACUUCACAAGGAAGAGGGGUCAGGCUGUAGGGUUGUCCAUGGCGGGGACAGGGUUCGGCCUCAUGGUCAUGCCUCAGCUGGUGAAGAUUCUGCUAGGGGAGUACGGAUUCCGAUGGACAGUGGUCAUUUUGGGAGCCCUGGCGUUCCAUGCUGUGCUAGGGUCCUGCCUGCUUCAACCAGUGAAGAGGCAUCUCAUUGAAGUUCCUGUGGAUUGCGAGAUGCAAGAUAUUAAGGAAAUGGAGUGCAUACACGAGAGUGACGAGGAGAACGAAGACAAAUUCGAAAUAGUGUCUCCUCUCGUGAACCAUCCGAUGCCGAAGUUGACUACGCAGCGUUCGCACGGGAAUAUGAAUCACCCUUCCGUGCGGACCGUGGGCCUGCCCCGGGCGAAAACCUGUGAUAAACCUUUGCAAGAUUUUGAAAAAAAUUAUAAUAAGUUAGCGUUAACUACUGCGGCGUCUGUGGCGGCUAUGCCUAGAGUGACAUCUAGCGGGAGUAUGAGCGAAGCGGCGAGGAAGAGGAAGGUGUCGGUUAUAUCGAAUAUCUCCAACAUGGACUUCACUGGCAGCUACCUGCAGCUGUACCUUGAUGCGACGUGCGACGAUGCCUUACAAAUGAAAGCAAUCAAGAAAGCCGAGCCCGCUGAAGCGAAGAAAGAGAAUUUUGUGAAAAAAUUCAUAGCUCUUAUGGACUUAGAUCUACUAAAAGACUGGUCAUUUUUGAACCUUUUACUCGGCCUCUCUCUGUUUUGGAGCGGGGAAUUACAGUUUAGGAUGUUAACCCCCUUCUUUAUUAGGAGUUUGGGGUACAAUACUAAUGAUACGGCGUUCUGUUUGUCCAUGACUGCCAUUACUGAUAUUUUGGUACGGUUGGUGCUGCCCCCUAUAUUCGACAGGACGACCAUUUCGAAGAAAAUGAUUUUCUUCAUAUCAGCGUUCUUUUUAGCCGCUACUAGAUCAGUACUUGCUGAGCAAAGCGAGUGGGUGCCGCUCAUGAUAUGGCUGUCCAUCUGCGGUUUCUUCAGAGGAAUGUGUCUCAGCAACUUCACUCUGACCAUAUCGGAAUAUUGUCCGUUGGAGAAACUACCCGCUGCCUUUGGUUUGCACAUGGUUAGCAAAGGCGUGUUUGUGGUACUACUGGGACCACUUAUUGGCUACGUGCGGGACUUCACGGGCAGCUUCGCCACCUGCAUCCACGUGCAGAACGCGCUCAUCAUGAGCUGCGUCCUGGUCUGGGGCGUGGAGUAUCUGCUGGCCGCCACGCGCCGACGCAAAGUCGUGCAGAUUUGAGAUGGCAUUAUGGCUAUAAUGCCAUAAAAUAGCUAUUUUAUUUAGCGGCGUAAUUUUUGUUCUUGUUGACAUCUAACUGGCUUAUUUAGUGUUGUUUUUUCGAGCCUAAUUGGCUGUCAAAAUGUGCUAUUUGACUGGAAAAAAAUAUAAGAGUUUAGAUAAUCGAACACUAUAAUUAAAUGUCCCUUUGAUUGAUCAGUUGUAUUAAAUAUGAGAUUAGAUUUUUUUUUCUUUAGUUUACGUUUCUGACUGGUCUUUGAUAAUCAGCUACGAAUUAUAAAGUAUAUUAGGAAUGAUUUUUGACUCUCGAAAAUUUGCUACGUUACAGAAUUUGACUGUUAUACAAGUUCCAUAUAAAUUUGUUUAUUUGUUGUUGACCAAUGAGCGGGAAUAUUACUUAGAAAAACAUAAUAUAGUUAUAUAGGGUAGUUGCCAAUCAGAUACUUUUUACCAUGUGUCAAAAACAAAAAAUACUUUUUGACACAUGGUAAGUGAUGUCAUAAAUGUUGAAGUCAAAAAGCGUUUUAAUUUUACUUGAAUAAAAAAUAAAAAAUACUAAAUGUUAAUAACAUUGUUCAAUUAAAGCGACAAUCGAUUAUUGUGUUCAAUUAUGUGCAUGCAUUUUAUUUUAUACACAGGCAACUAUAUGUGUUGAUCGUCACAGAGUUUUAUUUUUACGUCUUGGAGUAUUCUCGUCAAAACGUUGAUACAUUCCAUACCAGUGGUAUGACGCAUUAAUGAAAUUAAUAUUCUAACCAGUGUAUGUAUUUAUCAUGACAAGGUCGUAUGAAUUUCACAAUUUUAUUUUAUUAUAAAAUAGUUAUUUUAUAUGUCAAUCAGCAAGAUCUCCAAGGCACACUAAUAAACACGAGUAUUAUCAGCAGAGUAUGUUAAUGCUGACGAUACGUAAGCUGUAGGUAUAUAGAUAUAUACCUAUAGCUACAUCUAACAGUCUGUCAAGAAAGUGUAGAAAACGCAUUUUUUAUGACCUACAUAUUUUUGCAACUGCAACACCAAAUAGACUGGUCAAGAUUAGUUGAUAAAUGCAGUGUUGCCAGCCAACAGAAGACAGACCCUCAAUUAUUUUAUUCACUUUCUUGACAGACUGCACCUGCAUCAUCUUCCGGGCUUCAUCAGCUUGGUAUUUUCAUCAACAAUAUUGAUCGCUUUGAUAAAAAUAAGUAUAUUAUCGAAAUUCACCAUAUCAAGAUGAUCAUUAUUGAAUAUCGCCUAUUACUCUGGCUUGUUACUAGACAAGUCUUGUUCUAAAGCGCAGUAGUUGUAGAAUCGCACCACAAAUGUUCCACUAGCGCAAUCUGUGGGGAAAAAUAUUUAGAAAAUUCUCAUACACGACUCGAAUCAAUCUGGCGCUUUGGACUUGCUUCCCAUAAAUAUUGGAGAAAACCAUGUUAUUGACCUUCAAAUUAAGGAAAUAGAAUAAAUUAUGACACAACUAGAGCUCUCUUUGAACGUAAUCAAUUUGACAUUUUGUAAUCGAUAUUAUUUUCUUGAAUUUUUCGAUGGUAUAUAAAUCAUUGACAAAAUAACUUACCUAAUCUAUUUAUUAUAGUUACGGACUUAAUAUAUUGUAUAAAAAUCGAAGGGGAACUAAUACAUUAUCAUAAAAGUUGGCUGGUAUUAGUUAGCAUAGUAAUUGCUAAAUCUGUGGCUUAUAAAGUCUCAACAAACUAGUGAAGCGACGCAUCGUAUGCAAAUUUUAUUACAAAUUAUGUGAUACGAUGCGCUCUGUGUAGAUUAUAGUAGACAUAAGUUUAAGAAUAUAAUUCAUACAGUUGUCUGUCGACCUAUAUGUUGACUCCACAGCUGCCACUGCCCACUGACCCUGACCCUGCCUACUAGCUCCCGAUAUUCCGUACUAAUUAAUUAUAAAUUUAUCCUGUUAUUCAUAAAAAAGUUAAAGCAUUCUUUAAGCUACAGUUUGUUUGGUAUCUUGCUGUCAAAUUAAAAUAUUACCUAGUGCGAUAGUGACGACAAAACAUACACUUUUUUAUAAUAUCGGGACUAGUAUGGAAAAUUGGGAUUGACCCACACAAUUGAUCCAAGUAUAUAGAUAAUCGACACUAUGAACCAAGUAGGUCAGUUGAUUGUGGAACAUUAUUCUAUAAUUAGACAUUAAAUUUAUUCAUCUACUACUUAGGCAUAUUACUUUUUAUCCUAUUUAUGACAAUGUGUCGAUCUUUGAUCAACACUAGGAUGAUUUUUAAAUAAUUUUGUAGAUUCCAGUGACCGUAUCGUGGGCAUGUUAUAUCAAUUAUAACAGAAUUUUUGAAUGUUAUAUUUUAUUUGAUAUACGAAUAGUAUUUUUAGAUGAUUUACCUAUUAUUUUGUGAUUGGAAAAAUGAUUGAAAAAUUGUUUAUACACGCUGAAAUUGGAUGUACUGUUGUUUUAUAAUUGGUUAAGUAUAACUGUAAGAUGUAAGCGUUACAAAUACAAAGUACAUGUUGUAUAAUUUUGCGUACUUUUCCUUAAAAGUACAUUAUUAGAUAAUAUAGUUUAAAAAUACUUACGGCAUUAUCAGCGUGUAUAAAUUGUUUAUGGUAUGUUUUUUAUAGCUACAUCUAAAUUAUAUGAAAUCAAGUAGUUUAUAGUAAUAUCAACGUAAAAUGUAUCUAACCUAUGUCUGCCAAAACUGUAUUUAUAGUCUUCCAAAAAAAAUACUUUAGCAUUUCGAUGUAGCAAUGUGUGCUUCUAAAUGUGUGAUUUCAUGACCAAAUAUUUUUGAGUACUUACCCACUAACAUUUAACAAAAUUUUGUUGUGUAUUUUAGUACCUUAAUGUUUUAAUAUGUAUCAACUAUUAUAUCCAAAUCAAGGUACUUACGAUAUUAACAAUUUGCUCCUUAGAAAUGACAUGUGAGUCUGUUGUAUUUUUGUACUUAUCUUUUUAUUAGGAGUUAGGAAUAAUUCUACGUUUAUUGGUGGAUUUUUAAAAUUUAGAUAUUAACUGUCACUUUUAAGCGUCUCUAACAAUUCCAUUUGAAUAAGUAUUCGCCCGCGGGGAAGAAUUGAAUGCAUCGAUCUUUAUGCCUCGGUAAUAUGGAUGGAUUUGUAAUGAAUAUAGGUCGGUUGAUGUCCUGUUGACCAGAGGCAGAGCAAAUGACAAAAUGUAUUGAGAGGGUCGCGGGCGGCAGGCUAUGUUAUUUUAACAACUUUUUAUGUAAUACGUAUUACAUUAAAAAAUGUUAAUAAAAAAUUAUAGCGAUACUUUUAUUGCUAUAAUAAGCUGAACUACUGGUAGCAUAAUAGUUUCUUUUAAAAUUUUUAUCUCCAAUACGAGUGACAUUUAUUAUCGAAAUAUUGAAAAAAUGCUCCCAAUUCUUUUUGAGAAAUGUAUGUGCCAAUGUACAUAAAGUGUUGUAUCUAUAAGAUAUACAAUAUUGCAAUCUGAUUUCUAAUAAUCUAGGAGUCAUUUAUCAUGAAGACUUUAGUACUAAGGUAUAAUAAUAUCAUGUAAUUACCGUUAUUUAUGAAUAGCUGAAUUCCGAAUUUUUUUCCAUAUUUUUAUUUUAUUUUGUCCUUGGCAUUUUUCAUUUAACGCUCAAGUCACGUGCUCAAGUAACAUGACAAGAGAAACCCGUUUUGAUAUUUACCGUGAAAAUGUACAACUAUCACAGUUAGUAUGUAGGAAAAUACAAUGGUAGGCUCUAUAGAUAUUGUUGACUCGAAUCUAGGUCACAGAGUACAUAUUAUGCAUAUACAUUUUAUAGUGGGUGUUAUAAGAUUCCUAAGAAAAGUCACAAAUCGGGCAAUGGCAAGUCCAAUAUUCGAAUCUAAGAGUUGAUCAUUUUUAUCAUUUAACAAACAAUUGAUUUAAUUAUAAACAAAAUACAUUUUCAUACUUAACAUAACACAAGGAAAUAACUACAUCCUUGUUGUACAAAAAAAGAUAGCUUACUUUAAGCUAAAAUAUGUUUUGUCUAGUUCUGUCAAUGUCAAAUAUUGUAAUUGACAGUAAAAUAUAGAGUAUAUGCCUUAAUUUUUUUAUGAAUAAGACGUGUGGAGUUUAGGAGUAUUUCCUCUAUCAGAUAACCAUUCAGAAAAAAUGUCACAAACAUUGAAAUCCACCGUUCACAUACUUUCCAGGCCGAAUGUAUUAACAACGAAGUUGUUUUCUUGUAAAUUCUAGCUUGAAAUACUUUUUAUUUAGUGUGUUAUUAUGUUGUAACUUGAGAAGCUAUGUUACACUUCCCGAAUCCAAUCUGUAGGUGUGUGUUGCUGCAAUCUGAUUUUAGUUAUUGUGUGUGCACAGUUAUAAGAUUACCAUUUUAAUAUACAGGUUUACUGGUGUCUCACGCAUAACCUUCCAAAGGCGCAUAAGGUGCACAGAGAGUAACAUCUUUUGUUCUAUGACUUUUGGCUAAACGUAAUAAAUAAAAAAUGUUACUUUUUUUAGUUUAAAUGUCGUUUCUAUAAAACUAUUUCUAUUAACUCUUAUGUUCGAUUCCGCUACAUAACGCUACUGUACUGUCUCGUGUUGCUUGGCUACUACAUAGAGUUAAGAUGUGUUAACCUCCAGUAAUGGAGAGGCACUACAAGAAGAAGAAGAAGAUGUGUAGAAUCGCAAAUUAGAUUCUAUUUAUAUAUAAAAAAAAAACUACGAAUCACGAAAAGUCGUAGAAUGAAAGUUGCUUGUUUUCAUGUAGGUACCUACCCUAAUAGUCUUUAGGUUUUGCGUUUGAUACCAGUAACCCUACAUACUACCACAAAAUUAUUACUUUCAUGCAAAUAUUUUUUAAAGGUGGUUGCAUUUAAAAACGCCUAAUAUUCAUUUUUUUCUGUAUUGCAACAGGAUUUGUAUGAAGUUGUCAAUUUACGGAGUAACCCGACAACCAACAGUUUCUUUUUUUCUUUAAAAUAAAAUGUAUUUAUUAAACAAUUGACUAAACUGUGAAUUGGUGUGUUGCUCCCAUUUUGUUAAUUGAGGCUAGCACGAUUAUUUGCGAGAACGUAAUCCUAUCGAAAAUGUCAACAUGUAUAUGGAAAAUGAAUAGUUCUAUUUAAGUAUUACUUAUAUAGAGGCGACGUUCAAUUUCCAUAUCAGUUUUAUCGAUACGCGUUGCGUUUACGUAUUCGCAAAAACUCGUACUAGCCUCACCGAUAUUAAGCAGUAUAUAUAUUUGGAUGUAAAUCAUGUUGAAUGUAUACAGAAUUAUUUUUUAUUACGUACUUUAUUUCGAGUCUGUAUGGUGCAAGCAUAGAAUAAGAAAUUAAAUUGUAAUAAGCCCACAGGGCGUUAACAUUGUGCAUUAUGUGAAAGAGAAAAAGACAAAUGAAUGAAAUUAAUAACCGGUUACCGAAAA